GAAAAUAGGGAAAUAAAGGCACAGUACUGUGCAAUGCUUCCUUCUGCAUAUUCAGGACUGCCUAGUUUAGUUAUUGCUUCCGUAGUCCAAAGUCUAUAAGGCAGUUGAUUAUGCAAGACACUCUGUUUUUAAGACUAUAAAAGAACAUGAAUUCAGUUGAUUCGGUUUAGCAACUGACAGCAAAAUAAUGUUGAUUUUUAUAGCAUGUGUAAUGCUCAAUGUGUGGACUAUACCAGCAGAUGAUUUAUUUUCACCAAGCAUAAACAUUGUUGAAGAACUAGGGAAAAUAACCAUAAUGGAAAAAAGGAUGAAAACUAUAGAGAAGGAAAUGGAACGACUAAAAACAGAGAAUGAAGAACAAGCAAAAGAACUGAAGAUUUUGUAUGAUACAGCGAUUGACACAAAGAUCAAAAUGGAUGAACAAAUAAAACAGAAUCAAGCUUCUAAAGUGGCUUUCUCAGCCUCUCUGUUGACCUCUUUUGGAUCACAUAACAUUGGACCCUUUCAUAAUGGUUUACACACCCUGAUUUACAAGCAUGUCUUCCUCAACACUGGAAACGCCUAUGAUCCAAACACAGGAAUCUUUACAGCACCUGUGAAGGGAGCGUAUGCUUUCAGGGUCUUCUCCAAGGCAUCUGGAGACAAAAACAGAGCCGUAACUGCAGGCCUGUUUAAAAAUGACCAGCAUAUCAUUUCUACAUAUGCACAUCAAACAAGUGGUUUUAUCAGCUCUUCAAAUGGAGUCUCUCUGCUGCUGGAAAGAGGGGAUAAAGUGAAGGUAAAUCUCUAUCCUGGACAAUGGAUUUUCGACAAUGGAGAACACCAUCACAGCACAUUCAGUGGACAUCUGCUGUUCCCCAUGUGAACCUGCAGACUGUUUA